CCUAAUUUUAUGUUUAGUAUGUUAUUCAACCAAUGCAUAUUAAAUCCAAAUUUAAGCACAUUUCCUUUUAUUUUUAGGACAGUUAUUUCAGGAAGUGGUCGGUUUGAUGGAAGCCAGGCUAAAAAAUGAGACUAGUUUAGCGAGUCAUUUCUACCUCCAUACCGGCCAUGACAUCACAAUAGUGGCAGUUCAGCGUAUCCUGGGUCUGACAGACUCUUGCCACUGGGUGGUGGAGCCUAGCUCCGCCUUGAUCCUAGAACUUCAUACGGACCCAGCCACAAAUGGAUCCCACAUUAAGGUCCUAUACAUAGACGGUGUGUCGGAGGACUUGGAACCUGUUGAGCUUGCCAUCCCUGGUUGUGACUAUCCUUGCAGCAUUUACCAAUUAAUGAACAUGACGGAGAAGUAUUAUAAUGUAACAGACUGGCAUAAAGAAUGUGAAAUUUAGUGUUUUUUUAAAUAUAUAUUAUGAGUUUAACAAA